AGGUCGGUCGCCGCCGCCCGCGGCCCGGCGCCCGCCGCCCUUUCGGCCUGAGGCCUAGGAAACGUCCGUAACCGGGAGGCAGGGUCGUUCGGCCGCAGUGUUGACGUGUCACUUAGCAACCCGGAGGGUUACCUUUGGAAGCUUGUUGCGGCUCUAGCCUCGGUCCUGCCCUCUUCCCGCCCUUCCUCUCCCCUCAACUCCCUUCACCUGGGAGCUGCCAAACAUCUGGAUCAACUUGAGCGCUACGAGGGCGUGAAAUUCUACCAGUAACGCGCCUUUUCACAUUUUUUCCCGACCUCCUUCUCCCAUCCGUAAAACUCAUUGAUUCUUUUACUACACGUUUUAUGAGAACAAGACAUUUUCUAGGAAGAUGGUGGCAGAAAAAGAGACCCUGAGCUUAAACAAAUGCCCAGACAAGCUGCCGAAGAGGACCAAGCUGCCGCUCCCGGUGCACCAGCCUCACUCCCUGGUUUCUGAGGGCUUCACAGUCAAAGCCAUGAUGAAAAACUCAGUCGUGAGAGGCCCUCCAACUGCAGGAGCAUUUAAAGAAAGACCAACGAAGCCCACAGCAUUUCGAAAAUUUUAUGAACGAGGGGACUUCCCAAUUGCCCUUGAACAUGAUUCGAAAGGAAACAAAAUAGCGUGGAAGGUAAACCUAAUGAAACUUGACCAUGAACAUUUUCUGGUAGCAUUUUAUGAUUUUCUAUGUAUAGUGUCAUUCCCCUACUAUUAUUGGCCUAGGCAGGGUGUUCACAUGGCCAUGUUUUCUCUUGGUGGCUUAUUUCUUCUACACAUACUGCCUUGUCUUCUAAUUGUCUGAAAAAAUGCCUUGAACCUCCGAAACCGACAGGUCAUCUGCGUCACUCUCAAAGUCCUACAGCAUCUGGUUGUGUCAGCUGAGAUGGUGGGUGAAGCUCUGGUGCCCUAUUACCGUCAAAUCCUCCCCAUCCUGAACAUCUUUAAGAAUAUGAAUGGGAAGUAUUCCCACUUGUAUUUGAAAUGCAAAGGAAGCCUGAUGAGAGCCUGCUGAUUGAAGCACUUAAUGAGCCCCGGUCCUCCAACGGGAGCAUCUGAGGUUAGGGAAGCUGUGGUAAACUCCGGGGACGGCAUCGACUACAGCCAGCAGAAGCGGGAGAACAUCGGUGACCUGAUCCAGGAGACGCUGGAGGCCUUCGAGCGCUCCGGAGGAGAAGACGCCUUCAUCAACAUCAAGUACAUGGUCCCUACCUAUGAGUCGUGCUUGCUAAGUUAGCGGUGGGAACAGCUGGGAUUCGAGGAAAGCUUCUCCUAGCCUUCUGGUCAUCUGUCUCUGCUGCUGUUAGUAUCUCAUUAUCUGUGACUUCUACGGCUUACUUUUCUACAGCUGCUAAAAUAGUGGCUCAUGGGCCAUUGGACUUGUAGCCCUAUUGAGAGCAAGGCUUUCCAAUACACAAAUAGUGCCUGUUUCUUAGAUUACAAUAGUGUACUGUGCUUAUUUGUUCUAGGAGAAGAAUUGCUUCUUUAUACAGUUCGGAAAGAAGCAGGAGUCCGAGUUAAACCUUCAGCUGUAUAGACAAUAAAACUGCAAUUUUC